CGAUCUUCUUCCCUUGGACGAUGCCCCCGCUCCCUCGCUGUUCUCUUCUCUCUACUGUAAUUGGACUCAGCAGCGAGCGCGAGAGAGCAUCGAAAAAGCAGUGAAAUGGGAGGCAAAGGCAGGGCUCGCACUCAGCGGAAACACUUCCGGCAGAGUAGAGAGAAUGUUUGGAAACGAAGCAGAUCCGAUUCUCAACCGGAAACCGCCAAUCUCAACCACGCCGAUGAUGCCAACACCACCAAUCCUACUUGGGAGCCAUUCGCCACUCAAAACCCAGCCUUCGACGAGUAUUACAAGGAGCAAGGGAUUGUGUCCCCUGACGAGUGGGACCUGUUCAUUGAAGUUCUUCGAAGGCCAUUGCCUGCCGCCUUCAGAAUCAAUUCCAGUAGCCAGUUUUGUGGGGACAUUAGAUCGCAGUUAGAGAAUGACUUUGUGAAUUGUCUUCAAGCUGAGGCUGCUGAUGGGAGUGAAGUGGAGGGAAUUAGGUCAAUACCUUGGUACCCUGAGAAUCUUGCUUGGCAGUCAAAUUUUUCUCGCAUGCAGCUGAGAAAGAAUCAAACCCUUCAAAGGUUCCAUGAAUUCUUGAAGCAAGAAAAUGAAAUAGGGAACAUCACAAGGCAGGAGGCUGUCAGCAUGGUACCCCCACUAUUUCUAGAUGUACAUCCAAGCCAUUUCGUUCUUGAUAUGUGUGCAGCUCCUGGAUCCAAAACAUUCCAGUUGCUUGAGAUGAUAUACCAGCCAACUGAGACUGGAUCAUUGCCUGCUGGAAUGGUGAUGGCAAAUGAUGUUGAUGUCCAACGAUGUAAUCUUCUUAUCCACCAAACAAAAAGAAUGUGCACUGCCAAUUUGAUAGUCACUAAUCAUGAAGCACAACAUUUUCCCAGCUGCCAUUUAUACAAAAAUUAUGCUAAUGCUUCCUGGAAUGGGACUGCAACAGAACCAAGUUUAAGCCAGCUCCUUUUUGAUCGGGUCCUGUGUGAUGUGCCUUGCAGUGGAGAUGGUACUCUUCGCAAGGCUCCGGAUAUCUGGAGGAAAUGGAAUGCAGGAAUGGGCAAUGGGAUCCAUGGCCUACAAGUUCAGAUUGCAAUGAGAGGGAUCUCAUUACUUAAAGUUGGUGGAAGAAUGGUUUACUCAACUUGCUCAAUGAAUCCAGUUGAAAAUGAGGCUGUAGUUUCUGAGAUUCUGCGGAGAUGUGAGGGGUCUGUGGAACUUGUUGAUGUCUCCAAUGAAUUCCCUCAGCUCAUAUGCAGGCCAGGUCUUAAGAAAUGGAAGGUUCGAGAUAGGGGUAUCUGGCUAGCUUCUUACAAAGAUGUUCCACUCUCUCGCAAAGCAGCAGUUACUCCUAGUAUGCUUCCUUCUGGAAGAAGCCAUGUAGGUGUACACAACAAUGAUCACAAUAAAACUGUGGAAGAAACCCAUGAUGAUGAUGGCAACAGGAACUUGCUCAAGCUGGAGAAGGAUGAUGCUCCAACAGAUCUAGAUGAGGAAGUUUCAACUCUUCCUUUAGAACGUUGCAUGAGAAUAGUUCCUCAUGAUCAGAAUACCGGGGCAUUUUUUAUUGCUGUCUUGUGCAAACUUUCCCCUUUACCAGCUAUUCAAAAGAAACCCACCAGUUUGAAUGGGAAGUUGAAUUCCAAUAAUGAUUCACACGCUGAGAAAUUACUUGAUGAAGUGAAAGCGGAUAGAAAUGAAGUAAAAGCUAGCUCAACAGAUGUUACAGAAGAGCAGUUAACUGAAGCUGCUUCUGAUGUGGAUUUACUUGGUAAUGGACUGGAGGAAGCUGCUUUGGAUAGCAAUCCUAGUAAAAUGUCUUCAGAAAAGGAAGAAGAGGAGGAGACUCGAGUGGUUUCUGAUGAGGAUUUACUUGGUAAUGGACUGGAGGAAGCUGAGGAUAGCAAUCCUAGUAAAAUUCGUGAAGAAAAGGUAGAAGAGGAGACCCAAGCACCUGUUGACGGAGAAACUGGUUCUAAGGUAGUUGGGGGGAAGAGAAAGUUACAGACUCAAGGCAAGUGGAGAGGUGUUGAUCCUGUUGUAUUUUACACAAAUAAUGCUAUUGUAGAUAGUAUAAAGACAUUCUACGGCAUUGAUGAGUCCUUCCCAUUUAAUGGGCACCUUGUAACAAGAAACAGUGAUACCAACCAUGUGAAGAGAAUUUACUAUGUAUCGAGAUCAGUUAAAGAAGUGCUUGAACUGAAUCUGAGAGGGGGCCAGCAGCUGAAAAUAACUUCUGUUGGCCUGAAGAUGUUUGAACGCCAAUCAUCAAAAGAAGGUUCCUUGUCUCCAUGUGCAUUCAGGAUAUCAUCUGAAGGAUUGCCGCUGCUUCUUCCACACAUGACCAAACAGCUCCUUUAUGCAUCCCCGAUGGACUUCAAACACCUCUUGCAGUAUAAAACCAUCAAGUUUGCCGAUUUUGUUGAUGCUGAAUUUGGGGAAGCUGCUUCAAAGCUGAUGUUAGGUUGUUGCGUGGUGAUCUUGCAAAAAGAUGGUGAAAAAGCAUCGAGUGCUUGUCAAGUUGAUGCAUCAACAAUAGCUAUUGGAUGCUGGAGAGGGAGAUCAAAUGUGUCGGUCAUGGUGACUGCUAUUGACUGCCAGGAAUUGCUGGAAAGGCUGUCCAUGCGCAUGGAGACUGAAAAUGAAAAUGAAAAUGGUUCUUCUUCCUUGCCACAAAACAAGAAGUCCCCUAGUGUUGGACCUGAAGAAGCCAAGGCAGAAGAAGGUAAUUGAAACUGAAGAAGCUGCUGAAAUCAUUGAACUGGUAACUGUUGGUAGACUAAAGCCAUUUCACUCAAGUGAAUCAUCAUCAGAUCAGAUGGUAUUAUACUCUGUUUUUGUUGUGGGAGAGCUUUUAGUUUCCUUCUUCUUCACUAUUGGAUUGUUAUAAAUUCAGGUCUAUUUUCUCCUUUUGCCAUUAAGUUAAUGUUAAGGAGAGGAUUUUCUUGAGACUUCUGUAAGUUAUUGAUAAUUGGAAUAUUAGUUGUACAUGUGCAUCAGAGACUGAAAGAGCUCAAGAUUUCAUAUAUGAUUAGAUCAUAUGAGUUUUUCUUUUA